GCAUGGCGAAUAAGAAGCAGCAUUGCGUUUAUUUAAUUUUUGUUUACCGGUUGGUCUGUUGGUCUCGAGUAAUAUUAGCAAAAAUCCAAUUCAUAAGCAGAGCAAUUUGCUAAGUAAUUUAAUAAAAAUACAUUUAAAAGAAUUUCACAAUGGUUGAGCGUAUUGAAGAUUUGAAUUUACCAAAUGCUGUUGUGGGUCGUCUAAUCAAAGAAGCACUUCCCGAGGGCGCAAAUGUGAGUAAAGAAGCGCGUGCCGCUAUAGCGCGCGCGGCAUCUGUCUUUGUUAUCUUCCUAACAUCGUCAUCCACAACGUUGGCUCGUAAACAAAAUCACAAAACUAUCACAGCUGCGAAUAUAUUAGACGCUCUAAAGCAAUUGGAAUUUGAAAGUUUCGUCGAUCCGUUGACAUCGGAUUUGGAGACAUAUCGCAAAGUCACAAAGGAGAAGAAAGAUAAAGCUAAGACGACUAACUCCACCCCAGCUGCCAAUGCAAGUGGAGCCAACGACGAGGACAUGGAAGCGGAAAAAGCGACGUAAAUGAAGGUUUUUUUUGUAUUGGAUUUAUUUUUUCACAAUAAAAAAUGAACAUGUUUUAAGGAUUUUAAUAUAAACGUGCUCAUUAACGACUUA